AUGGAGCAGGCUCAUAGUUUACUGCUCAACGAGGAGGCCUGCAGUCAGCUGCCGGAGCACCAGAGGGCUGAGUUCGUCUUCGAGUGGCUGCGCUUCCUCAAGAAACUUCUCCCUGCCACAGACCGGGCUGAUGUAAAACAGAAACAGAAGCGUCUGGUGGAGCAGCUGACGACAGUACUGACGAGUUCUCCGGGUCCCCCGACGCGUCUGCUGCUGGCACAGUGCCUAGCGCUAGUGUAUCGAGUGGGCGACUCCCUCACGUCCAGCCUCACUGUGGACCGCUGUAAUGAUAUCAUCCGCAGCAAGGAUGACUCUCCCAGCUUCCUGCCUACCCGACUGGCAGCUGUGGCGUGUUUGGGUGCGCUGUAUGAGCAGCUGGGCCGACUGCUCAUCAACUCAUUUAAAGAGACCACAACAAACCUUCUGAAAGCUAUGAGGAGUGCAGAGUCUCAGGGUCGCUGUGAGAUCAUGCUGUGCGUUGAGAGGAUUCUGAGGGGUUUAGGUGUAAGUGCUGUAUCCUGUCACAGAGACAUCUAUAAAGCUGCUCGCACUGGUCUCACUGAUCGCUCCAUGGCUGUGCGCUGUGCUGCUGCAAAGUGUCUUUUGGAGCUCCAGCGAGAGGCUGUCUUCCUGUGGUCCACAGAGCUGGAGAAUGUGGCCACUCUUUGUUUCCGAGCGCUUGAGGGCUCAAACUACGAUGUCCGAGUCAGCAUCUCAAAGCUGCUUGGCACUUUAUUAGCAUCAGCACUGGAGCCCAGACAGGCUAUAGCUCCGAGGCCGGGCUCCAAGCGCAGCUCCCUGGAGGAGGUGAUGGAGCUUCUGAGCUCUGGUUUCCUGCGGGGUGGAGCUGGCUUCCUGCGGGCCAGUGGAGACAUGCUGAAAGGGACCAGCUCAGUCAGCAGAGAUGUGCGCGUGGGCAUCACACAGACAUGUGUGGUGUUUGUGUCUAUUCUGGGUGGUGUGUGGCUGGAGACGCACUUCUCCAGACUUCUUUCUCUCCUCAUGGAGUGGGCAUCUCACACGCGGGCCACACAAUACCCAGCAGAUGCUGUGUCUUGCCGCUGCUGUGUCUCCUUCAUAUUGCGGGCCACUCUUGGCACUCUGCUAGGGGAAAAGGCCCAAAUUGCCGCUGCCAAGGAGAUCUGUCAAGUGAUCAGCAAACAGAAGAGGGUUGUGGAUGCAUCUCUUCAUGAAGGAAACAUGGAAACGCGUGUGAGCCCUGCGGAUGUUGCAGCCAGUCAGCAUGUGUUGGUGUGUGCCCUGCUGGAGCUGGGCAGUUUGGUACAGGACCUGAGCUCUACUGCUGCUCCAUUGUUGCAGGACACUGGAAUAGGAAUGUUGGACACCGUGAUCUCUGUUCUUCUUCACCCCAGUGCAUCUGCUCGUCUGGCCUCCGCCUGGUGCCUACGGUGUAUUGCCGUAGGGAUGCCAGCUCAGGUGGCGGUGUUGCUAGACCGCUGUGUAGAGAGGCUCAAUGCCCUGAAGUCAUGCCCAGAGGCCGUGGCAGGAUACAGUGCUGCCAUCGCUGCUCUGCUGGGGGCCGUACAGCUCUCUCCGCUGGGAAUAUCACAUUCAAAGGGCAAGAUGGUGAUGACUUUGGCUGAAGAUCUGCUGAGAUCUGCAGCUCAGAACAGCAGAAUCUCCAUUCAGCGCACUCAAGGAGGCUGGUUGCUGCUCAGUGCCCUCUCAACACUAGGUCCCACUGUAAUGGAGCAUCACUUGCCUCGAUUGCUGUUACUGUGGAAAUGUGCCUUCCCGCUGUCUGUAAAGGAUGUGGAGAUGGAGCUGCGGCGUGGAGACUCUUUCACCUGGCAGGUGACCCUGGAGGGUCGGGCAGGAGCACUGUGUGCAAUGAAGAGUCUGGUGGUUCAUUGUAAAGAGCUUCUCACUGAUGAUGUCAUCUGUCGCUUUGUUCCUCUCCUGUCCUGUGCGGUGGCCCUACUAACUCAGCUGCCGUCUAUUAUUAAAUCUUAUGGAAAUCAGAUAAAAAAUGCAGCAACAGUCUUUAAAUUAAGAUUGUAUGAGAUCCUCAAGUUGCUUCAACCUAAAAUCUAUGAAGAGAGUUUUGGCACAGUUCUAAAGCAGCUGCUGAAUGAUCUGACCGGGCCAGAAAUCACAGCAUGUGCUGAGCGGAACCUGCUGCCCUCCCUGUGCUACAGCCAAGACCUUGCUCUGCUGGGUCCCGGACUGCAGGAUAUGGAUCAGCGCUAUAUAGAAGAGCAGCUGCAUGGAGGUGGUUCAGGAGGUGGGACACUAGAAUAUGACUCAUUUACCAUCUUUGAGAAAUCUCAGGAGGUCCUGGAGCAGUUUUGUGAAUUUGUGCGACAGCUUAAAGGAGCUCGGCAGCAAACAGUCCAAAUACACGUAACUGCUGCUUUCUUUUGCACUUUGAAGAGUUUGGCAUCAAGUCGGAGCGAAUUGGGGCCAGAGGAGGUCCAAAGACCAGCAUUGUCUCUCCUGUUGGGGGCGUUGGAGGGCUCAAACCCUCUACUGCGCUGCAUGGCUGCAGAGGGUUUAGCAAGGCUGGUGCAAGUUCUUAAUGACCCCGGCUUCACAGUUUCCCUCACUCUCAUGAGCUUUGACAAACUGAAGACAGCAAGGGAUGCCAUCACACGCACAGGCCAUGCCUUGGCCCUCGGAACGGUUUACCGUUAUCUUGGUGGGAUUAGCUCCCCUCAGUACCUCAGUGCCUGUGUUGGGGUUCUUUUUACCCUGUCCCAGGAUAAUACCUCACCAGAAGUAAAGAUGUGGGCUCUUCAUGCUCUGUCCACUGUGGUGGACCUAGCAGGUCCUUUGUACCACAGUCACCUGGAGGCCAGCUUCACUCUGGUGCUGCGUUUGCUCCUCUCUACCCCACACACACACAUGGAGGUGCAGCAAAGCCUGGGCCGCUGUCUUAACGCCCUCAUCACCUCUGUGGGGCCGGAUCUGCAAGGUGAGGGUGCAGGUGUGUGUGCGGUGAGGACCUCGUGUUUGGUGGGCUGUGCUGUGAUGCAGGAUAGCCAGGACUGUUUAGUCCAGGCUCAGGCCAUCUCUUGCCUCCAGCAGCUGCACAUGUUUGCGCCACGCUUCGUCAAUCUGUCCAGCCUUGUGCCAAGUCUCUGUAUAAAUCUGUGCAGCUCAUACCUGUCUCUGCGGCGAGCGGUUGUGGCCUGUUUAAGACAGCUGGCUCAGAGAGAGGCAGUGGAGGUAUCGGAACACGCAGUGGCUCUGGUUAAAGAGCUUCCCCGCAGAGACAACACACAGCUGGAUGUCACUAUUAAGGAGGUGGGCUUGGAGGGAGCUUUGUUCAGUCUCCUGGACAGGGAGUCGGAUCCCCGCCUGUGCAGAGACAUUCAGGAAACACUGGUCCAUAUGAUGAGUUCAGCAGCUGAGAGUAAGCUGGCCCACUGGCUGAAGCUCUGCAAAGAUGUACUGUCCGCUUCUGCAGACUCCGCUGCAGCCGCCUCUGUAGAAACCCAGCAAGAGGAGGAUGGAGAUCGAUAUGAUGACUCCUCUGCAUUCCAUGCAAAAUCUGAGUCCAGCGGGCCCUUCAAUAACCUGCGCUGGUCCACUCGUGUGUUUUCUAUGGAGUGUGUGUGUCGCAUAAUAGCACAGUGUGAGAACAGAGACUCAGCUCACUUUAACAUGGCACUUGCUCAAGAGCAGCGUUUACAUGAGUCCACAGAUUUCCUGGUUCUUCACUUGGCGGAUCUGAUCCGCAUGGCGUUCAUGGCAUCCACAGACCACAGUGACCAGCUCCGACUGGCUGGUUUGCAAACGCUUCUGGUCAUUAUUCGUAAAUUCUCCAAUGUACCAGAGCCUGAGUUCCCUGGGCAUGUCAUUCUGGAGCAGUAUCAAGCCAAUGUUGGAGCUGCGCUUAGACCUGCCUUCCAUGUGGACGCUCCUCCAAACGUGACCGCCAAAGCUUGCCAGGUCUGCAGUGCAUGGAUCGCCAGUGGGGUCAUCAGUGACCUGCGGGACCUGAGAAGGGUACAUCAACUUUUGGCAUCCUCUCUGGCCAAAGUGCAGGUGGGGAGAGAUGUUCCCAGUCAGCUCUAUAAUGAAAGCACCUUCACCAUGGAGUCGCUGGCGGUGCUCAAAGCCUGGGCGGAGGUCUACAUCACAGCAGUGCAGGGCUCUAGGCAGAGGGACAGUCCGGUCAGUCAUCAGCAGCAGCAGAGUGAGGAGGCUGGGACUGCAGGUCAAGCAGGGGCUGGUUUGCUCAAACUAGUUCAGACUGAUCUGGCAACCCUGAGUCGCCUAUGGCUGGCAGCCCUUCAGGAUCAUGCCCUGCUCACACUGCCCCCACACUACUCUAGUCAUCUUCCCUCCACAGGCGGCUCAUUUUACACUGCAGAAACGGUGGAACAGGCCCGUCCACAUUACUACAGUGCCUGGGCAACCAUUCUCCAUGCCACUGCCCUCUGGCUCAACAGCACCGGCUUUAUCGUGGUGGAUGAGGGCCCUGCAAACCUUUCCAGGCCCGUCACGCCCACUUCCAUGGGCCAGUCCACAUCACUGAGCAACGUUAAAUCUCCAGAGGACAUCAACAGUGAUCGCCUACACCUCAUCCUUGGGAUCAGUGUGGAGUUUUUGUGCUCUCCUCAUUCUGGAGACCAAAUGGAAAACAUUCAUUCAUGUCUUCAGGCUCUGCAGGCCUUAUUGGAGGUGCCUUGGCCUCGCUCAAAAGUGGGCAAUGAUCAGGCUCUGAGUGUGGAGCUGCUUAGCAUCCUGCAUAGGCUCAUAGUCACUCGGGAAUCUCCCAGCAUUCAGCUGGCUGUGCUGGAACUGGUGCAGCAGAUUAUUUGUGCAGCUCAGGAACACGUCAGAGAAAAACGCCACAGCGCAGAGGUGGAUGACGGUGCGGCAGAGAAGGAAACAGUUCCUGAGUUUGGUGAGGGACGAGACACUGGUGGCCUGGUGCCAGGGAGAUCUCUCGUGUUUGGAGCACUGGAGCUGUGUCUCUGCACGCUUGUGAGGAAGCUUCCGCAGCUCAGCCCCAAACUGACCGGCAGUCCCACGGGACGGGGAGGACAGACGUGCUCCCUCAGCGCCACUGACUGCAGACUCGUCACAUCUGCUCUGGCCAUCCUCUCUGAACUGCCCUCCAUCUGUUCACCAGAGGGCAGUGUGUCAGUGCUGCCCACAGUGCUGUAUCUGCUGCUCGGGGUUUUGAAAGAGGCAGUGAAAGGCUCUGUUGGAACUGAGAGUGGACAGCUGGUGUCAGGCAUCCUGCAGGCCCUGCGCACUCUUCUCACUUCUCCCAUGAGCAGAGCUGAGAAGAGUCGUGGGGCCUGGACUCAACUACUGCAAUGCGCACUUCACACACUCCUGGAGUCCUGGAGUACAGAUAAAGUGGAGCCUGGAGUAGAUGAGGUCACCAUGUUGACAUCGCUCACCAUCUUCCUGCUGUACGCCAGCGCUGAGGUCACCUCUGUAGAGCCACUGCAAACCCGCUGCAUCCAGACAUUCAGAGCAAGUCUGGACUCCAAAGACCCCGUGGUGCUGAGCAGGAGUUACCAGUUGCUAUUAUCUUUAUUUCAAGGCCCAGCGCCAGUAGCAAGGCCAUUUAUUCUGGCUCUAGGUGGUCGUCUGGUGUCUCAACUGGAGGAAGCUGAAAAGAGUCGUCCUCAAGGCCCAGCAGAGCUACAGGCCGUACAAGAUGCAAUCCGGGCCCUGGAAGCACUAGUGUUUGCUGCGGAUGAAACUCACCGUCCUCAGCUGGUGGCUGUGCUGCUGCCUAUCCUCAUCUCCCUCCUCUUAGAUGAGAAUGCUUUGGCAUCGGCUCCGGCGGCUUCUCGCUUGCUGCACGAAUCUGCCUUGAGAGACCUCAUGCGCAUCGGCCCCCAGCACUCGGCUGUCUUAAAAGCGCUGAUGGCCUCCGCUCCGCACAUGAAAGCCAGACUGGAAGCAGCAGUCAAGGGGAACCAGGAGAGCGUGAACUCUAAAGCACAAGCACCUCCAGCCAUCAGCAAAAACACACCCAGCAUUCAACUGAAGAUCAAUUUCCUCUGAAUCCAGUAUUACGAUAGAAAUGACUGAGUGAAUGUUUUAAUCAGUGGUGUUUUAACGAUAAAUCACUUUAAAACUUGUGUCAUUUAAUAAUUGUAGUCCGUUUCAGAAGUGCAUUAACCUCUAUGAGGAUAUUAAUACUUAUUUACUUACAGAACGCAAGGAAAGGGGUUUUACAGGAAUCGACUCAA